GCAAGGAGCGGAUUAGGGGAGGAGGGAAGACCGGAAGCAACGGUCGCGUCCCGAUCCUUAGAUUCGCUCCCCAGGGCAGGCUUUGGAGACGGAGGAAGAGGGAGAGGCUGAAUGUUGGCUCUGUGAUAAAGGGGAGCGGCCGCUCCGGAGCCUCCUCCUGGAGCGCCCCCUUCAUCCUGCCCGCUCUCUGCACCCACCCGGCUCCAGGGCGCGCGGCCCCCGCGGACGCCCGGCCGCACAGACCUUUUCUGAAGAAGCGCUGCGGGUGGCGAGGACUGGCCGGCGGCGUCCGAGGCCCGCGCCCCGCCGCCACCCCCACACGCCUGCCGGCCGGUCUCUCCGGCCGCCGCCAUGUCCUCCUCCUCAUCCUCCCCUAGGGAGACGUAUGAGGAGGACCGGGAAUACGAGAGCCAGGCCAAGCGCCUCAAGACCGAGGAGGGAGAAAUCGACUACUCUGCGGAGGAAGGCGAGAAUCGCCGGGAAGCGACGCCCCGGAGCGGGGGCGAUGGCAGCGGCGGCCGGAGCUUCUCACAGCCGGAGGCAGGUGGAAGUCAUCAUAAAGUUUCUGUUUCACCUGUUGUCCAUGUUCGAGGACUCUGUGAAUCUGUGGUGGAAGCAGACCUCGUGGAGGCUCUGGAAAAAUUUGGGACAAUAUGCUAUGUGAUGAUGAUGCCAUUUAAACGGCAGGCUCUAGUGGAAUUUGAGAACAUAGAUAGUGCCAAAGAAUGUGUGACGUUUGCUGCAGAUGAACCCGUGUACAUAGCUGGUCAGCAGGCUUUUUUCAACUACUCUACAAGCAAAAGGAUCACUCGGCCAGGAAAUACUGAUGAUCCAUCAGGAGGCAACAAAGUUCUUCUGCUCUCAAUUCAGAAUCCUCUUUAUCCAAUUACAGUGGAUGUUUUAUAUACUGUAUGCAAUCCUGUUGGAAAAGUGCAACGUAUUGUUAUAUUUAAGAGAAAUGGGAUACAAGCAAUGGUUGAGUUUGAAUCAGUCCUUUGUGCCCAGAAAGCUAAAGCAGCACUCAAUGGAGCAGAUAUAUAUGCGGGAUGUUGCACCCUAAAAAUUGAAUAUGCAAGGCCAACUCGUCUAAAUGUUAUUAGGAAUGACAAUGACAGUUGGGACUACACUAAACCAUAUUUGGGGAGACGAGAUAGAGGAAAGGGUCGCCAGAGACAAGCCAUUUUGGGAGAACACCCUUCUUCGUUUAGACAUGAUGGCUAUGGAUCCCAUGGUCCGUUAUUACCUUUACCAAGUCGUUACAGAAUGGGCUCUCGAGAUACACCUGAGCUUGUUGCCUAUCCAUUGCCACAGGCUUCUUCCUCUUACAUGCAUGGAGGAAAUCCCUCUGGUUCAGUUGUGAUGGUUAGUGGAUUACAUCAGUUAAAAAUGAAUUGUUCAAGAGUCUUUAACCUAUUCUGCUUAUAUGGAAAUAUUGAAAAGGUAAAAUUUAUGAAGACCAUUCCUGGUACAGCACUAGUAGAAAUGGGUGAUGAGUAUGCUGUAGAAAGAGCUGUCACACAUCUUAACAAUGUGAAAUUAUUUGGGAAAAGACUUAAUGUUUGUGUUUCUAAACAACAUUCAGUUGUUCCAAGUCAAAUAUUCGAGCUCGAGGAUGGUACAAGUAGCUACAAGGAUUUUGCAAUGAGCAAAAAUAAUCGCUUUACAAGUGCUGGCCAAGCAUCUAAGAAUAUAAUCCAGCCACCCUCGUGUGUGCUGCAUUAUUAUAACGUUCCGUUGUGUGUCACAGAAGAAACCUUCACAAAGUUGUGUAAUGACCAUGAAGUUCUUACAUUCAUCAAAUAUAAAGUGUUUGAUGCAAAACCUUCUGCCAAAACACUUUCUGGGCUGUUAGAAUGGGAAUGCAAAACUGAUGCAGUAGAAGCCCUUACAGCACUAAAUCACUACCAGAUAAGAGUUCCCAGUAAGUUAAAUCGUGUCGCAAUUAUUCAAUGGGAAUUACCUUCAGAAACAUUGACAAUAAUUUUAAAACAAUAGUUUUUUUUUUUAAUACAGAGAACUAUAAAUUUUAAAAAUGCAUAUAAAUCCCACACCCCACAUGAUUCUUAUAUUUAGUUACCUAUUGUUUUACAACAAGUUAUCACAUGUGCACUUAAAACAGCAAACGUUUAUUUUACUGUUUCCGAGGAUCGGUAAUCUUGUGUACAGCUUAGCUGGGUAGCUGUGGCUCAGGAUCUCUCACUAUAGUUAGCUGCAAUCUGUAGUCAUUUCAAGUCUUAUGACUGGGACUGGAAAAUCCACUUUCAUGCUCACUCAUGGUAGCUUGUUUCCCUUAGAAUGAGUGAUCCAAGAGAGAUGAAAACAAAAGACCAACAAAACAUAGGGUCUUUAAUAACUUAAUACCGGAAGUGAUAUAUACCAUCACUUAUGCUGCAAACUUAUGGUCACACCAACCAACCAUGGAAUAUAGUGGGAGAUUAUAGUGCUCUAAAUAUCAGGAGAUAGGGAGCUUUGGGGCCAUCUUGGAGACUAAAUGCCUUAAUUCCUGUUGAUCUUUUUAGAAGAAAGCAAUAAAUAUAUAUGGUUAAAAAACUCAAACAGUACAUAAUGGUACAAAACGAAAGUUAAAGCUUUUUUUUUUUUUUUUUUUUUUUUUGUCUUUUUGUCUUUUUGCCAUUUCUUGGGCCGCUCUCGUGACAUAUGGAGGUUCCCAGGCUAGGGGUUGAAUCGGAGCUGUAGCCACCGGCCUACGCCAGAGCCACAGCAACGCGGGAUCCAAGCCGCGUCUGCGACCUACACCACAGCUCACGGCAACGCCGGAUCCUUAACCCACUGAGCAAGGCCAGGGAUCAAACCGCAACCUCAUGGUUCCUAGUCGGAUUCGUUAACCACUGGGAACUCCUAAAGCUUUUUUUAACCUCAAACCUUUUUGUCUUCUCCAUUUAUUCCUCCCAAAUGAAUAUAUCUAUGUUUAAAAAACUUAACACAAAGAGUUCCCUGGUGGCCUAGUGUUUGAGGACUCAGUGUUGUCACUGCUGUGGCUCGGGUUUGAUUCCUGGUCUGGGAACUCCUGCAUGCUGUGGGUACGGCCAAAAAGAAAAUUAAAAAAAAAAAUUUUAAAGCGAAACUUAUACAGAAUGGUUCUUUUGUACAUACUAUUGAGUGCCUUGCUGUUUUCACCUGAUAAAUCUUAAAUCUGUGUCCAUAUCAGUACAUGCAAAGCUAUCCUUUCUUUUCCCCACAGAGUAGCUAUUUUUAGUAGAGAUAUAACAGUUUGAUUUAUCUAGUUCCCCACUGAUGAACACUGUUGUUUCAAAUUGUAUUUUGCUGUUGCUAUAGUAGACAUCCUUAUAGUUGUAUUUUUUGUAUUUGUAGGACAAUUUCCUCAUAGUAGAGAGCAUAAAGAUUUAUAUUUUGGUAAAUAUUGAUUGCCUUUUAAAGAGGUUACUCAGAGUUCCCUGGUGGCUCAGUGGGUUAAGAAUCUGGCAUUGUCACCAAUGUGGCUUGGGUUGCUGCUGUGGCACAGGUUUGAUCCCUGGCCCUGGGAAUUCCACAUAUCAUGGCCAAAUAAUUAAUUAAAAGAUUACCCAAAUUUACCUUACCACUUGCGGUAUAUGAAAAUGCCCAUUGCCCAACACCCUUACCAACACUGAGUGUUGUCAGUCUUUCAGUUUUUGCCAAUAAGAUAGUUGAAAAAUGAUAUUUUAAUUUGCCAUCAAAUGAAAUUGUCACUCUCUUUUGUAUGUUCUUAUGUGAAAUGACUUCUUUUUUACAGUGCCCUAUAAUUUACUUCAAUCCUGGAUCUAAAGGUUGCUGAAACUUCAUUUUUUUAAUAGUAGGAGAAAAAUUAUUAUUAAUUGUAUUAGGCGUGAUGAUGAAAGGUAAUGGGCGGGGAGAAUAUUUAUUGAAGGAUUUAUGGUUGGAAUAACAGAUCUAGGAUUUGCUUUAAAAUAUUCCAGCCCCCCCAAAAGUAUGUAGAGGGAAGGUAGAUGAAAUAAGACUGCCAAAUGUUGAUAAUUACUGAAAUUAUGUGGGUGCUCAUUAUACUAAUCUUAGUAAGAAGUUAAAAAAUAAGUAAAUAAAGAAGUUCCCGUCGUGGCUCAGUGGAAACGAAUCUGACUGGUAUCCCUGAGGACGCAGGUUCGAUCCUUGAUCUUGCUCAGUGGGUUAAGGAUCCAGUGUUGCUGUGAGCUGUGGUAAAGCCAUUAUAGCUCCAACUGGACCCCCAGCCUGGGAACCUCCAUGUGCCAAGUUGUGGCCCUAAAAGGACCAAAAAAAAAGAAAGAAAGAAAAAAAAAUAAGUAAACAGGGCUACCUCCUCUCAUUUUAUCUUUAGUUUCAAAAGUUAAUUUUAAAUAGUGAGGCUUAAUUUUUGAUGGAAAGUUUUAAAAGCCUUUAAAAUUAUAUGCAUGGAAAAGAUAGUUAUAUGAAUUGUAAACUCCUUGGAGACAGGUACUCUUUUUAUCCUCUGCACUGUCUUGCAAAUACUUCUUGAUAUAUAUAUAUAUAUAUAUAUAUAUAUAUAUAUAUAUAUAUAUAUACUUUUAUAGGAAUUUCUUUUUUCCUUUAGGAGCGAUAGCUUUUAAUACUAAAAUUCUGAUAUAUUAAGAUACUAGAAUUAUUUCUUUGCAUAAUCAACUGAUGAAGAAGUAUCUCUGGGACAUCCUGCUGUGUACCAGCAGCAUCAGCAGUGUCUCUGGAGCGCUGGGAUGUAGGUUCCAUACCCAACCUAGCGCAGUGGGUUAGGGAUCCGGUGUUGCCACAGCUGUGGUAUAGGUUGUAAGUGUAGAUCAGAUCUGAUCCCUGGCCUGGGAACUCCAUAUGUCACAGGGCAGCCAAAAAAGAAUUAUCUCUGCAUGGUCUGAAAAGUUGAAAAGAAAAAUGUGUAAAAUGGAAGUAUUUUUGUGGGUUAUACCCACUUAAAAAUUUAUGUACUCCAUUGAUGGUCAGAGAAUACUAGAUCUCUUAGAACUUUUUCAGCUCAUUGAUAUCUUUUUCUAUAUUUCAGUCUUGUCCCAAUUCCCAAGCUGUAUAUACUAUCUAUAUGCAUGUAUUUUUUUUUUGGUCGCACCUGCAGCACAUGUAAAUUCCCAGGCCGGGGAUUGAAUCUGAGCCACAAUUGUAACAAUGCGUCGCAGUGGAAACUCCCCAAGCUAUAUUUGAAUUAACUUUUAUAGAGCAAUUACCAUUGGUAAUAUUUUUUGCAGAGUGAUCUUUACUGAUAGAUGGGCCUAAUCCUGAUACUAUUUUGUCCAUAAUGAUUACUUUACUAAAAAAAAAAAAUUGAGUGCUUUCUGUGUCAGAUAAUGUUUAAAACAUUAUGGACAAAGCCCCUGGCUUCACAAAGCUUACCUGUUAGUAGGUAUGAACGAAAGUAAUCUUGCUCUUACAAUUUUACAUAGAAAUUUUCCUGCUUUAUAUAGUCCUGCUUCUAAUACUAUAAAAAAUGAAAUAAUUUACUAAUUCGAGGUAAUCAUGAAAGUUUGAUGAAGGGAACUAUUAACUUUGUUUUUUAAUUUUUACAGAUGGUUCCAAUCCCUACACACUGAAGCUUUGCUUUUCUACAUCAUCCCAUUUAUAAGAAGAGAAGAGCAUGUUAGAAUUUGUUUACCUUUAUUACAAUUUUAAAGCUACACUUCAUUUAAAAAAAAAAAACUAAAAUGGUUGAUCUAAUGUUGCCUUGCUUAUUUUAAGAUCCCGUUCUGUAAUAAACAAAUAUUUUGCCUUGAGUAAAUUUGUUGUAAACUUAAAUAUUGAAUUGUUUUCGUUUUAAAAUAGAAUAUCAUAAUGUAGACUAUCUACAGCUUUCUUGUAGAUUACACAGAUAUAUGAUUUCUAAUCUUAUUUUUCUUCCACAGUGAAAAUAUAUUUGCAUUCUUAAUGCUAAUUAUCUGCAAGUAUUUUUCCAUUGUGUAUGAGAUUAAUGCAGGUGAAAGUAUUGCAUUUUAAUAUUAUAGAAUUCCUAUUAUAUGUUUAGAUGUUUAUGUUGCAGUUAUUCAUAUUAAACGUAACUUGUAUUUAUUAAGUAUUUUAAUCAAGUUUGAGAAUAACAUUGCAUAUAUUAAAUUUUAAGUACUACAGAUUUAGCUGAUUUUAUAUUUCUGAAAGGCUAACAGACAUAUGGAUACACUUGUACAGUAUACACUCAAACUUAUUUAAAUUUGGUGUAUUUUUGUUUGUUUGUUUUUUUAGUAAGUCAUUGUUCAUUUGUAGUGACAUGCCUCUGUUUCUAGUUCCAGUUUGGAGAUUUUAUAAAAUUACAACAAUGAGUUAAUGUGUUCAUCUUCAUUUGUUGCAUGUUACUAGAUCUUGAAAACAUGUCUGGUAUUGAAAUUUUAACAGAAGUUAUGAUUAACAGUUCCUCUUCUAGAUAAUCUGAGAUCCAUGAAUGGGCUUUAGGGAGUCUGUGAACUCUCUAAAAUUGUAUGUAAAAUUUUGGGUACUUGCGUUUUUAUUUUUUACUCUUGAAUCCAUCAGUAAUAUAUGUAUUUUUCUACAUGGUACAAGGUAUAAGGAUCUAAUUUUAUUUUUAUUCCAAACUGAUAGCUAUUUGUUUCAAUACCAUUUAUUAAACAUUCUUUCUCCCACUG